ACCGGAGAAACGAACCGUGACGUUGUUGAGACUCGACCCGGAACUGGAGGCUCCACCGCCGGCUGCUCUCUCUGACUGUCCCCGGAACAGAGCUCCGUGUUGUGGGAGCCGCAGUGUGAUGAAGAGCCGGAGACCGUGACCCGGAGCCGGCCGAGCACCGAGUGAUUGACGGUGAUGGAUGCAGAGGGGGGGGGGCGGUUCCUCAUGGCGGCAGACAGCUGGCAGCUCGACGCUCCGUUCGGCUCCGACCUGGUGUUCUGCGGCUCGGAGAAACCCCUGCAGGACUGGGCGGUAGACCCCGUCUGUGCGACCGUGAAUCCCGACAGCGAAUCAGAGGACGUGCUCCACGGCGUCGACCCCAACGAGGUGUUCCGCAGCGGGCCGACCGCCGACGCCUCGUCCGAGAGCGACAGCGGAAUGUCUGAAGAGACGGGGGCGACCUCCACGCCGACCCCUACGACCCCUACGACCCUGUACCAGGUGGUUUAUGACAUCAGUGGGCUGGGAGCUGUGAAGGUGGAACCUGGACAAGAGAACGUGAUCUCCAUCGAGCUCGACCAGUGGAGCUCCCAGGUGCUGUUUUCAGACUCGUGCAUCGUGAGCGAGUUGCCCGUGGGCGCCGCGUCUCGGCUCGCCGGCGGCGGCCCGGCUGCUCUGGAUCCUCCCGGCUCUGACGACGGCCUGAUGUAUUCGGAGCUUCAGCUGACGGAGGAGGAGCAGAAGCUGCUGAACCAGGAAGGAAUUUCUCUGCCCAACAACCUUCCUCUCACCAAGGCAGAGGAAAGAGUCCUGAAGAAAGUUCGGAGGAAAAUCCGCAACAAGCAGUCGGCUCAGGACAGCCGGCGCCGGAGGAAGGACUACAUCGACGGACUGGAGGGCAGGGCGGCAGCGUGCUCGGCUCAGAACAAGGAGCUGCAGAGGACAGUGGAGCAGCUGGAGAAACGAAACAUCUCUCUUCUGACUCAACUUCGACAACUCCAGUGUCUGAUCAAACAGACGGUCAGUAAAGGAGCCCAGACCAGCACCUGCUUACUGAUCAUCCUCGUCUCUCUCGGUCUCAUCAUCUUACCGAGUUUCAGUCCGUUCCGCCGUCACGUGGACGACGACUCCCGACCAAUAGGAGUUAUUUCCAGAAACAUCCUGACAGACCCCUCCUCCUCCUCCUCCUCCUCCUCCUCCUCCUCCUCCUCCUCCUCCUCCCAGCCGGUGGCCGGUGGGAUCGAGAGUCCGGCGGCUCAGUCCGACUCCUCCUCACCACCUUCUGCUCUCAGCCAAUCAGAGCGCCCGGAGGGAGCUGCGCUUGUCCCCCAAGAACCAACAGAAAACCCUGAAAAUCUGGAUGUUGCUGGCACAGCCCAGGGGGGGGAACAACGAGGGAACAGCUUGGCUGUUGUUGCGGAGCCGACCGCUGCCAGAAGAAAAAGCCGCGACGCCGACGAGAUGUAGACAAACCGUCCGGAAUUCAUGACAACUGAAGUGUUACGCUCUGUUACCAGCAGGGGGCGCUCUGAUCAGUUGAUGAGCAUCAGCUGAUAUCUGAUGGAAAAGGUCUGAUGGGAAACAAUGAGACAAACAUGGCCGCCCGGGUGCGUUCAGGAAUAGUACGUUUUGACAACGUGAAUCCACAGAAGACAGACGCCGCUCUUUAUCGUGAACAUGACGUCAGACUGUUAGCUUAGCGUGAAUAGCGGAUACUGGAAACAGCUACCCUCUCUUUCUCCAACAAUAACAAUAGAAAAGAACACGUUAAAUCUCACGUUUUGCCUUCGGAUCGUCUGCACGACGAGUUUAAAGACGGUGAUUCUGUUUGACCUUGUAUCACAGCGCCCUCUGCUGGGUCUCUACAGCACUGCAGGUUUCUACAACUGAAAUCGAAUUUUGGAUGUGAAAUUGAAUAUUUUGGAUGUGAAAUUGAAUAUUUUGGAUGUGAAAUUGAAGAUAUUCUUUGUUUAAUUGUUUAAAAAAACAAGAGUUAAAGUUGAAUGAGUUUAUCGUCAUCAGGCUUCACUUAGUGGAUUAAAUGUAUUUAUUUAGUUCCAUUAACAUGAUGAAAAAGAUUAAUAAGUGGUAAAAUGGUGUUUUCUUAUGAAUUGAUCCAUUAAUGAAAAUCAUAUUUUCUGUCUGUCAAAAACCUUUUGAGAAUGUUUUAAACAUUAACUUCACGUCAUAACUGUCAUAGAUGUGAAGGGUUCGAUAUAAGAAGUAAAGAACAUCAUGGUCUGUUUUCUGAGACAUUAACACAAAUUAAAUCAAGGAUUUUUUAAUCAGA